AUGGUUUAUGGAAGCUCCUUUGAUGAUGGCACGGGAUCUGGAAAGUAUUCCUUCAGCUACGCCUUAGUUCGCCCGGAUGGCACCUGGUCAUUUGUAAAAAAACUGUCUGACAUUGUAGACGUGGAAAGACUACAAGAAAGAAAAAGCAACGUGGUGAAGAUGGAGAUCACAGCCGCUUUACAACACAUAAAAUCUGUCAUCAAGCCUGAUCAGGCACUAAUCCAUUUUCCUUGCCUGAAAGGAAUAACAACUUACAGGUCAGACUGGUAACUUUUAUGCUAUUCAUAAUAAUGACCAUAAAAUUUUUUAUUACUGUGGCAAAACUUUAUUACCGAGAAAUAAACUUGGCGGAGAGCGAUUGGAUAAGCAGCGGAUAAGUUAUCAAUAGUAGCUAUUGAUCUCACCGCUGCGAAUCGUAGUUUACGCUUAAGUUGUAAUUGAAGAAGUGAGGAAGGAUGAAUACCAUAAAUUCUUGCAACGCCACAAAAUAAAAGAAAUAAGUCUCUCAUCUGCUUUUUAUCUUUUUAUAAGUUCAUCACGUAUUUUAAAAUUUGGUUUACUAGUUAGUGUUACUUGUGUUUUCCGUCGGCUACAGCUUCAUUACCCAAAGGUCUAGAAUUAAGCUGUUCAAAGGAGUAUAAAUGGCUAAAGCAAAAAACCACUGGAGCUAUGAAAAUGAGGAUAUUCCAAAUUGUGAAAUUAUAGCGAUAAGCUUCCCCCCCUCCACCCCACGAAAAUCUCACACUGCAAAAUCACAGAUUCUCUGGAGGAGGCCUAAAUUUCAGUAAAAAGGUAAUAGUCCCUAUGUCGCACUUCUUUAAGUAACCCAGAUUAUGUAUGGUGUAAAGUUGACAAAUCCUUUUUCAAAAAGAUAAAGAUGUUGUAUUAUGGUUCUUGUUGCAUUUCACCAAAAGAAUUCCCUUAUUACUGGUGUAGAAAAUGAUUUUGUCAUUCUCGUCCCUUGUAAUUUUUGUACCAGGAAGUAGCCUUCCUUUGACAAAAAUCGUCCUGCCACAAAAGAAUCUUGACCAACAUUUAAAUGACCAUGCAUUUUUUUUUUUUGUAUUUUAUUUAUUUAUUUUCUUUUUACAGGUAUAGUACAAACCACAUACAGAUCAAAACAUACAAACAUUACAAAAUUUAUAACAACUACCUUAAUUACAAACAACAAAAAAAAGAAAAUAGAAUAAAUAAAUAAAAAGCUACACUGCACUACACUACAAGGCUUACAUAACUUAUUCGACUUGAACUUAAAAUACAGAGUAAUACAGGGAGUAUUAGAAAAACGAAGUUUGGAUAAACAGCUACUGUUGUAUUAAUGGGAGUAACGGCUUCCAUUUUUUAUCAUGGAAAUGGAUUUUGUUGUUUCUUUUCGCGAUAAAACGUUCGGUUUGAAACGUUUUUUUAAAAUUAUCGACUAACAGUCCUACACAUAAACAGCCCUUAUUUAACUUACAGCGGUAAAUAAAAUAUUUGCUUUCAAGAAUGAUGUAAUUGACUAGAAUGCUUAUAUUAUCUGUAUCUAAGAUCCCAAAAAGGACAUUCAUGAUAUCAAACCUAAUAGUUAUAUUAAAAGAAUCAAGUACAGACUUUAAAUCAUUCCAAAACGUGCUUACUUUUGUACAAUGGAAAAAGAGAUGUUCUAUGGUCUCCAACUCCUUUUCACAAAAAUCAAACAAGGGAGAAUCUACUUUUUUGAACUUAAACAGCAUCUUGUUCGUGUAUAAGAUCCUGUUUAAUAUUUUAUAUUGGAAUUCUCUUAAUUUAGUAUCCAAUGUUGUUCUGAAGGGCAGUAGAUAUAUCUUUUCCCAGUCCAACUGAAAUGUGUGUGUGCUGAAAGCUUCGUUAUAUUUCUUUUGCGCUGUUGGUAUACUGGAUAUCUUAGAAACAAAACUGUCAUAUAAUGACUUUGAUUUAAGAUUUUGGAAAUUGACUUUUUUCCCUUCAAUACGUAACUUGAAAUCAGUUUGGAUUAGAUCAUGAGUUUUUGAAGAGAUAGAGUUUUUAUUUGUUUUUAAUAUUUUGCGCCAUUCUUCAGGAAAAGCAUUGAAGAGACUGAAAAGUAGAAAAUGUUCAACUGGUGAGAGAGUUGAAUAUAAUGGUUCCUUGUUCGACUUGAAACCUCCCCACGUGUCGUAGAGGUCUCCAAUUUUUACAAUUCAAGAUCAAUCAGCCUACUGUUAUAGACUGACUUUGAUUCAAUGCAAAUGAACUGGUUGUUCCAUAUGACCUGAUUUGCUAUUUCAGAGGAUGAGGAGGGGUUGUCUUCAUUUAAAAGGGUCCACGCCACAAUGCAUUCGUUGUAAAAUUCUGGACGAGUUACCGGUAGUUUAGUGUAGUUAAAAUUGCAAUGAAACAAGAAUUUUCCCCCUACUUUCUUAAGAUAAAAAUCCAGAAAAAACUUCCAGCCAGCGGGAUCAAUGGAGAGAUAUCUCUUAAUACAAAUUAUUCUUUGGGCAGAGAUCAUUGACUCAAUGUUGGGCAUUUUCAAGCCUCCUUUAUCAAUAGGGUUAAUAAAAGCUCUGCGCUUUACUUUAUCUUUUCCCUUCCAAACAAAGGAAUAUAGCAAAGUAUUUAUUUUUUUGAUAAACUCUUCUUUAUUUGAAAUGAGAACAACCCUGUAUAAAAUCUUUGGUAUGGCGAAAGACUUGAUCACUUGAAUUUUUCCAAGUAGUGUAAGACCUCUCCAGCUCCAGCCCUUCAGCAAUCCCCUCAGAGAUUUCUCGAUUGAUUCAAAGUUAAGCUUAUAAAACAGUGCGUGAUUAAAGGUGAAAUGAACCCCUAGGAUCUUUAUGGCCUUACUUAUUUCGUUAACACCUAGUUCUGAACUGUUUACUUCCAUAUUUCCUAGUAUGAGAAGAAUUUCCGUUUUGUCGUGAUUGACCUUCAAUCCGGAGUAUGUACUAAACAGAUCGAUAGUAUCAAAAUGACCAUGCAUGGCAAAAUCCUGUUAUAAAUAUGUAAAUCUUUCGAUAUGAGAAUCUUAAAUGGCAGAUGCAAAGGCGACUCUUCUGGCAAAAUUACCUUUCAUGGCCAUCAGGAAUUGGUAGAAUACAUAUGAGCUAGGUAGCAGUAUAUCAACCACAAACAGCCAGCAAUUCUUGGAUUCUCUCUCACAAAGGACAAGAGCUCGAAAUGUCAGCUUUCCCCGACCUCGUGGAGGGUUAUCAACUUAGUUUAGACUACGAGCAGUCUGUCUUUUUUCUUAGUUCCCAGAGCAAAACGAGCGAAAAUGGCCACAAGCAUGACUGAAGGCGCGAGGCGAGUGAGGCUGCCCCCGUUUUCCACAUUUCGACGCUUGCGCGCAUGUGCACUCCCCUCACUCUCCUCAAGUCUGAAGAAAAAGAGAGACUGCUCGUGGUCUAACUCCGUUUAUCAGUAAAACCAAAUUUUUUAUGUUUUCACGCUCCCCACCGACUCAAAACCACAAUAUCUACAGAAACUAACUCCUUCAUUCAUCUGCUCGAUCUAGUCUUGUGAGUUGUUGCUGACACUGUGUUAUUUUUGUUGAAGGGCUCUUUUCGAAGCCCUAGAUAUUCCUCUUAUAGGCGGAUCAGUAGAGUCGCGUUACCUUAGCAUGGAUAAACUUGAGACACGGGGUGUUUUGCUGGCCAACAACAAUGUUUCUUGUGUCCAGGGAUUGAUUCUGAACAGAGGUAAUAUUUGCUGUGCUGGGGAAAUAUGACAGGGUUUACUAAGCUGCUAAGCUUAGUCUCAAAACUUCAUGUUCACAUGGGUAUGCUGUGAGCAAGCUCUCUUGAGUUGGGUCGACAGGGAUAUCACUUUCAAAGUCGGGCGCCUUUUAUACCUAAAGAUACCUUUCCAGCAAUUACAACUGCACCGUAAGACAACUGUGUCUACGACGAGUCCACAAAAUAUUUUGAAAGUAUCUUGAAAAUGAAAGCUUCAUGUCCUUAUUCGUAGUGUCCUUAUUAUCUUUUUGUCGUGAUCGUCGUUUAAAGUGACAAAAAGUUUUUCUGUCACGCCUGUCAACCUUCUUCUUUCCUCUCCCGUCCUGUUGCGAAGUUCACAUUAUCUUGCAGCUGGUUCAUCAUACAAAUGCAGCUGGUUCAUCAUAUAAAGGCAUAAAAGCGAAUGCGACAAUGCCGUAAUGUAGCCUGCGAAAACAGCCGUUUCUCCUCGCUCUUCGCCGCUGAGGACGUUUCGCGGGGAAUUUCGCGAGCUAGCCGUAAUGUCGUAUGGGAUGUCACCAAUCACAAAGUAAAAAAUGAUUACCCCUAGUAUACCUCUACUCUGUAGUAUGGAUUCUGGUUGGCCUUAAUUUUUUGCCUUUUACCAUGCGCAGUCAAGCGGCGUUGAACGAACUACUGCUGGAUUGUAGUGAGAUUCGUUCUACAUAAUGUUUGGAUCAGCAACGUCUCUCUCCUCUCUAAGGAUUUAAGGUUGAAAGACUUAUCCUUCUGCGGAACCCCUGAUCGUUUGUUCUCUCAUUAGCUACUUAUAGUGUGCAAGGUGAUCCGAGUGGUUCUGUGGAGUUUGAAGUUUGCUCUCACCUUUAAUCUCAUAAAACUGUAGGAGCUUCCUUGUUCCGUUAGACUGCAAAACAAUCCGUAUUUUUGCGUAUUCAAAGCGCGAGCAGUCUAACAAAAGGUCUGGAACGAGGCUGAAAAUGGAGAGUGAGACUGGGGAGAGACGCUUAAGAUACUCUCGUUAGCGUCUCUCCCCAGUCUCGCCACAAACGCCCUACGGGCGUGUGAGGCAGGCGCGCUUCGCGGGGUAAGACUCUUACUCCACGCUUUACUGGUUUCUUUACCGAUUUUGAGAAAACAAAACGACUGUUUUGCAGUGUAUUGUUCCAUUUACAAGGGGGGCAGACAAAAAAUUUGGCUAAAAGUAAUGAGAGUGUUCGGUCAUCUUUUUUGCUCCUCAUAGGAGACCCCAUACCAACUGAGAAUAUCAAAUACCCGUGUGUUGUCAAGGCAAGCAAAGGAGAAGAUUCCAAAUCAGUGCGACUGGUAAAGGACAAACAGUCUUUAGAUGCAGCUAUUAAGCAUGCGCUGACUUAUUCGAAUCAAGUAAUCAUUGAAAGGUACAGGUUGUCUAGGUUAUAUAGUUCAAAAACGUAAAACGUUGAAGAAGACUUUGCUGAAGUCAUUCACUGGCUCAUCCUUAUUACUGCCUAAGUUUCGAUUUUUAAUAUUAAAAUUUUUCGUUCGCGCAAAGAACAUUGGAUUCAGUAUCAGAGAGAAUGCCCGAUAUGAUAAAUAUUUGCGGAAAAAAAAGUCGAACACAGUCAACAUUAAAGAAAGGGGUCCCUUUCACAGAAAGGUUGAUGUGCGCAAAGCAUGGUACGAUAUCACCCGUUUCACUGGUUAACCUGGUGAGGUAUCACCGCCAGACACUCAUCCCUUAAUUGAAGGUUUUUGAAGGGAUUGGCCAAAGCUUAGCACGUAACAGGCAAGAAAAGAGGGCACAAAUAAAAAAGGCAACGUGGAUACCGAGGUUUGCCUUGUUAUGAGCUAUUAAAAGCAUGUUUGUGCGGUUUUAUUUGUACAGAUUCAUAGAAGGACGGGAGAUUCGGUGUGCUGUAGUCAAAUCAGAAAAAACUGGAGAUAUACAGGCCUUGUCGUGUAUGGAAUACAACGUACGUCAAGAUGACAUUCGUAAAACCGAGGAUAAGUUAUUCUGCAAUGAAAAAGGAUUACCUAUUAGUGAGUAUCCCUUUUUUUUUCAUUCCUUAACAAAGUCAAAAUCAUAAAUCUUCCUCGAUCACAUUCAUAUAACACUUGUCAAGUUUAUUACUGAGUAACCAAAUAUAUGAAUAGUCAAUGACUAGUAUCUGAGUCACACGUAGACCAGUCCUCUGUAAACCCCAAAAUGGGGUUUACAACUGACCAUAGGAAUUAUUGCACAGUAGACAGGGGUGUAGCCGCUUUCGACAACUAGUAGGGCUCGCUGACAUUUCCACACAUCCUGAAAAUUGCUCGCAUGACCAGUACGCACUGACUUCACCAACACUUUGAGCUCUUUAAGCUUUUUACCUCAGCCCAGCAACGCAUACUUUGUUGCAAGCGGUAGAGUGAUCAAACCAAAAUUUGUAGGCCCGGGCCUACAUGUACAGGUCUAUGUGUUGGCUACGCCCCUAGUAGAAUUAGGCAAGAAAAGCAGUAAAAAAAGUUUAUGUUCACCGUCAGGCUGUCGCGGGUAGUAAACUUAUUAAGAUGAUUUUCUGUAUUUUCCUAUUUGUCUCUCUAUAGGCAAGCCACCAAAUGCUAAGACUUGGUUUCUUGACCCUGCAGAGGAAGCUGACCUAAUAAACCGCAUCCAGCAGCAAAGUCGUCGAGUUUUUCAAGAGUUAGACCUGCAGGACUUUGGCCUUUUCGACUUCCGGGUAGACCUCGAAGGAAAUCCAUUUUUUCUGGAAUGCAACCUGUUCUGUUCGUUUGGUUCUCAGAGCGUGCUUAAUGUAAUCGCUAAGAAUUCUGGUUUUACCGAUGAAAGUUUGUUUGAUUUAAUGGUUCAGAACGCUUUGUUACGGAAAGAGAAGAUUUACUGAGGAGUAUAUGAAUUUAUGGUAUCUACAAAAUACCAUUAACAUUUUUCGCGCAGUUUCUACAUUACUUUGGCUUCGUGCGGUCAAAUGGUAAAUAGUUGUCAGAAUACCGUAAAAUGCCACAUAAAAUCUCCCCCUCCAGUUAUAAGCCCAUCUACUAAAUUUAGAUACAUGCGGGUUUUAAGCUCCCCUCUCCCCUCCGGAUAAAAGCCCCCCUCUAGCGAUUUUAUUGAAAUGAAUUCGCUUUUUAGCGACGUUUUGAUGCUUCAAAUGCUAUUAAAUUCAAACGCUUUAUUGAAACGCUGUUUUAAAUCCAGUUAUAAGCACCCCCUCCCCACACUUUUAAUUGUUAUAAGCCCUCCUUCAUAUUUUGCGCAGUCGUAUAACGGAAGUUUGCGGUAUUCUCGGCUAGGCAUUCGUUUUGAUAAAACAAAUAACGGAAUAAUUUCGGUGAGCUACUUGGCUCUUUUAAUUAGUACGUAGGUAAAAGAAAUUUUCGUUAACAAGUAACGCAUGAAAAAAGUGUCGUGUUUUAUAUGGAGUCGCCGGUUCCAGGAUUUCGGAUUCCUACAGCUGUACUCCGGAUUCCAAAGCGCAGGAUUCCGGAUUCCUACAGCUGUACUCCGGAUUCCAAAGCCCAGGAUUCCGGAUUCCACGAGAAAAAAAUUUCCAAGAUUCCAAAAUCCCUAUUCCUUUUUAUGGGCCGUUACAAGAUUUGAGUGCGGGAUUUCUGGGAUCAUGCGCUGAAAGCUUGCAUAUGUUGUGAUUCAAUUUUAUCCUUAGUUUAGAUUUUAUUUUCCUUUGUUUCAAACUUACUACCUCAGAACAAAGAAAAAGGAUAAAAUUGAACCACAACUUCCCCGUAUAGUUUCUGGAAUGGAGAAUAUCUUCAAUUACUCAACUAUUUUAUAAUUAUCGGAAAGCUUUCUUUGUGGGCCUGUAGGAAAUAAAAUCCUUCCAAACCCAAGUUAUGGAUUUAGGGCUGAAAUCAUCGCUGUAAACAUGAAUCAGAAAGCUGAAUGACCAGUAAGAAAGAUUUCUUUAAAAGUUAAUGAAUACUGACUCCUUAUUUAAGUUUACUUAAUAUCAAUUACCUUGUUGUUCUGGCCCCAGUUGUUCAAAAGGUGGAUAGCGCAAUUAGUUUUCGUAAUACUGGAUAGUGGAUAGCGCCUUCCAACGCUUGAACAAGCGGGGCCUGUUUUACUGUACUGAUUCAGCAUACAGUAUUGAUGCAAUUAGCUUUAUUUUGUCAGUAAAUCUUUACGCCUGUUUUUCACUAGCGCAUGGACAUACGCACGCGCAGAAUGGCAUUAUUGACUCUAUUCGCGAUACAAGCUCUCCUCAACCCGAUGAUAAACAAGUGGACGUUUCGUCCGCCAUAUUGCUUUUGAUAUGUUCCCAUGAGGUCGGGGGUCAAAGUGACCUAUGAUUGGUCCACGUCCUUGUUCUUAUGCUUGUGCUUAUGUUGAUCCCGUUUUCACUAGUCAAAGCUACGACAUAAGCAUAAGCACAAGCACAAGAAGAACGAAUUUGUCCGUUUUUCUUGUGCUUAUGCUCAUGCUUAUGUCGACCCAGUUUUCACUUACUUACAUACGUGCUUCUGCUUAUGCGCUAGUGAAAACCAGGCUUUAUAGAGCGUUUUCACUCACGUUGCCAGCAUGUAUGAGACUUUAUUGGAACAAAAGAGAGAAAAGAGUUCAACUCCCACAGGACUGGUUUGGGACACCAACAUGGCCGCCGUUUCAUUGUUUUGGAACACCAACAUGGCCUCCGUGAUGUCAUGUGAAAACACUUUAUUGAAAUGUUUUUUGUGGUAUUGUAAUUGUGCCUUAAUCUGAUCAAUAGAAUAAAAUGAAAUGAUAAUACACUUUUAAAAAAUAAGCAACGCUUAAUAUUACAUAUGAGAAUGAGAAAGAAGAUUGCGAAUAUUUUGAGGGUCC